AUGGGAGGCUCAGAUGAGGAUAACAAGCAAGCUACCCUGAUCCCAUCAUGGCAGCAAGCAGCUACUCAGCAAACCGAAGGCGUGGUGGACUCCCAGGUGUCUCCCAGCACAGGCACUCUGGAGCAGGCAAAGAGGUUUCUACAAGAUGAGACAGUAAGGGAUGCAAGCAGGGAAAAGAAGAUUGAAUUCUUGAGAUCCAAAGGCCUGGAAGAAGCAGAUAUUCACAGACUCCUCGACACUGCCAGCGAAGCAUUACCACAAACCUCGACGACUAUGACAACUACCACCACCACCACCGAGGCACCGCCACGAGAGACAACAAGCACUGCUCCCCCCAGCAGCAUCGGAGCAACACAACAAUCCACCCCAGAGAUCAAGACAGACCACCCACCAAUAGUCACCUACCCCGAGUUCCUCACCAAACCCCUCAAGCCACCACCACUGAUCACCGCCUCCGGCCUUCUCAACUCCCUCGGCCUAGUAGCCGGCGUCUCGACGCUCGUCUACGGCGCCACAAGACACCUCGUCAGCCCCAUGGUCGAGACCCUGCUCGAGGCGCGGAUGGACUUCCAUCAGAACGCCAACAAGAACCUGACUCGCCUCGUCGAGAAGCUCGAGCAGACCGUGUCCGAGAUCCCCGCCGCUUACCACUCCGUCGGAAAGCCUGCCGGUCCCGGCGUCGACAAGGCCGACGACGAUGCCAGCAGCAGCAGCAGCUAUGACGACCCAUACGAACUCUUUCACCGCGAUAUAGGCGUCCAGACAUCACCACUGCCCUCCAUAUCCCCCUCGUCGCCCGACCGCCUCACCCACACCUCCACGCACGCCGAACAGACGCAGUACCAGGCCGACCGGCUCGCGCGGCUGAGCGUCUCCGUGCGCGGCCUGGCCACAGAUGUCAUACAGCAGGCUGAGGAAAUGGUCGAGACAAAGAGCGUGCUAGAUCAGUUCGGCUCGGACCUGCACGCCCUGACCUACCCACCCGCAUCCUUCGGGGUCGGGAGCAGUUAUUUAUACGGCGCGGCGCGGAGCGAGCCGGAUGAUGAGAUCAAACGGGUGAAGACGAACAUCAGGAGUGUCAAGGGAGUCUUGUUAAGCACAAGAAGUUUUCCGGCCUCGACAAGGUGA